AUGGCCGCGGCCUUAGGGAAGCUAUUGGUGUAUUAUACUACGACAAGAGGAAUAAGGGCCGAUGUGAACGAGGGCGAUACUGGGCCGGGCAGUUUAAGCGAAAUAUUCUGGGGGGACGUGAACAGAGUAUAUAACGAGUUAUUGUAUGACAUGGAGGAACCCAGGAAUGACAUAGAGACCUUGUGCGCAUAUAUCGUGCAGAAUGGGGCGAUGGCACAAAGACGCCUGGAGGAUUCAUCGUUAUGCAAGGACAUAAUGAAAGUUUAUUAUUUUAUGGAUGGUAUUCGCACAGCGGCCGAAACGUCUUCGCAUGUAACUCAGCAUGAGGACGAAAUACACCCACUCAUGAGGUGUAUGGUAGGAUACGUCACUUUAGCCAAAAAAUUUGCACCGCUGUGUCAAUUCAACGACUUGGUGCCUGAUGUAAGCGCGGCCACAGACGCUAUGAGGCAAACGUACCAAGUGCACACUAGUAAUACUGCAUGCGACGGAUUGGACCUUGCUUCAUUAAAAAUAGGGUACAAAUUGGUAGGAGCAACCAUUAAGGAAUGGAUACACAACGACAGUACUCGGUGGGACGAAAUCAUGGACGAUUAUAUCACUGAAACUUGUGAAGACCACACCACAAUUGACGCAGGCAGAAAUAGCGGGCAGGAGAAACACGCAGAGAAAGAGCCACAGGGUGCACAACGGCCAAUUAGUCUGCACGAUCUAAAGACGUUGGCCGCUAGUAAAGAUGAAUUAUCCAAGGACGAAGCGACAAGAGUUUUGACCCAGAUACAGGGACUGACUGAUACGGAUAGUAUAAUGAACAAGUUGCAAGACGCAAUUGAAGCAGUUCCGUCCCAAAGGCGCGACAAUUCGUCGCCCGCCAAAUCCGCCACGGCGGAUACUGUGCCGGCAACCACACCAUCAAAGGCACCGACAGGUAAGAUAGAUGAGAGUAAGCACGAAGAGGCGGACACUACCCAUACGGCCGAAUACGGACCAUACAAAUAUACGGCCCGCAUGUACACCGUACAAAUAUGGAUAGGCAACACACGCACUACACAUGGCACAGGGCAACCGUGUGCUUGGGCAGACAAAGAAGUGGAGGACAGUGAACAGAAGUGCAAUGAACAGGAAGGGGUGAUAACCAAGGACUCUGAGUUCAUGACGAAAAUAAAGGAAUGGGCGAAUACUGCUUUCUUUUCGCGCGUCAAGAAGGUGUUCGAGGAUAUACACAAAAAAGGGGGAUCCACGGGGCGAUGUGACAUACAGAAACAGAUAAAGACAAAGGUUAAGCAGCUGGAGAACACAGUGAAUCCACCUACGGCAACCGGCGUCAGAGCACCUGCACCACCCCCGAAGCCGAGGCCACAACCUGCUCCAGCACCAGCACCAAGACCACCGAGGCCACCACGGCCAUCCGAUCCGGCCUCCGCCAAACCAGCACCACCAUCACCGUCCGGCAAGGACGCCAGCGGAACAGCACAGAAACCUGCCAAACCAGUAGCGGCGAAACCGGCAUCAUCAUCAACACCGGGCACGGGGGGGACGAAGGCAAUGGGCACGUCAUCAUCUGGUGGUGGUGGUGGUGGUAGUGGUGGUAACGCUGGUACGGGUGGUGCUACUGCCGGAGGGAAGGGGAAGAAGGGUAAGACCGAUGAGAAAGAAUGCGAAUGGAAGAGCAUAUUGGACGAGCCAAAGAGGAAAGUACACGUGCUGGGUUCUUAUAGUGCGCAACAGCUCGAAAAAAUGAAGACCGUGCUGCAGCAAUUUGUGGAGUACAUGGACAAGAAGGAUCAGUACAUGGAGGCCAUGGGGGCAAAUUGUAAUAAUACAGGUUGGAAUGAUAUAGACAAGGAGAACGUCUAUUACCAGGACCAAACAGUGGCGGACGUCAUGAGGUGUCGACUCAUGUCGGGUGCAUUGUUUUUUGCAAACGGAGCAAAUAGAACUGAGACCCGUGCGCAACAGGGAAGUGGAGCAAUUGAUACAGAGGAGGAGAAGCUACGGUGUGAGGUAGUGAAUGCCUUUGGGGAUAUACUAGAAAAAAAGUAUUGUGAUCAUAAGACACCGUGGAGAAGGGGUGUAAAGUAUGCAUGGAAAACAAUGCACAACAUGAGCUCACAGGAAUAUGGACCGGGGCCACAAAUGCCAGGUGCAGUCUUUGAGCGAAGGUGCACAGAAUGUGGCUAUGACAUUAAGAACCCGGUAGUGCGAGUAGUGAAUGGGGACAUGGCAAACUUGUUAGUUCACGACGGACACAUAAUGGACAAAAUAGGAAACAUUGAACACCGGAUGCCCUGUGAGAAGGACUGGAAGGAGUAUACAAAAGGCAUGACUAGCAGCACGCACAAACCGACAGUGGUGGACGAAAACGACAUCCCGGACAUAAAGAAGGCAGAGGGCGAAGUAAUAUCGAAAACAAAGGAAGCAGUGGCAAAAGUGCAUGAGAUACUAAACGCAGAAAUUGAAAAAAAGAAAAGUUCAGCAGAGAAAGAAAAGAAGAGCAAGGCCAAGGAGAGCAAGGAGACAUCCUCCUCGAAACUUCCAACGCAGGACGAGAAAUCGCAGGAGGGAAAGAACCCCGUAUCAUCAACAGAUCUAGGUCGGUCAGAUCCAGAUAAGGACAACGUUGUGCAACCACAGGCACCGGCAUCCCCAGUAUUACCAGCAGCACCACCACCACCUCCUCCACCACCAGACAGUGGAGUAGGAACAGAGGGACCCAAGGGAGCAGGACAACAUCCUACGCAGGUACCCACAGAAAGCAAAGGUAAGGAAGCUACGUGCCCCAAGAAUGUUAAUGAGGAAACCUUAGGGACUGGAAGAGUUAGUAUUGUCUUUGCACCGAACCCUGAGUGCAAGGAAGGCACAAGUUCCUCGGAUCCCGGAAAGGCCAUUACUGGCGAUGCCGUCGUCGACGGCGGUAACGAUGACCCCCCUCCUCUCAAUCCACCCAAACCAAAACCGAACCCGAACCCCGAUCAAUCCGGUAGUAGUGGCAGUUUCAGUGAUGCCGAUUUGGCGGAUGGAGUUUCUGGUGGGGAAGGAAACGGAGGUGGCAAAGGUCAACCGGGUUCCUCUGGACCUGGUUCUACUGGGGCCCAAGACCCUGCUUCCUCAACACCCGGAUCCGCGGACACUGUGAAUCCAGGUUCCUCCGGUACUGGUCCCACGGGACAAACGAACAAUGAGAAUAGUGAAAUAAAGCCACCAUCGCAAGAGAAUUUACCUGCGGAUACCGCCAUCAACCCGUCCGUGCCGCCCGGCCUCAGAUGGGAAGAUGUCACGCCGUACACCCCCGCGAUCAUUCCCGCGGUGGUUGGUAUUGGAAUCAUUGCGUUUUUCCUAUGGAAGUACUUUGCAUACCUCGCCAAACGACGACGAACAUAUCGAACCGUUCGUGACGUGCCGUCACCGCCACUCGACGAAGAAAUAUUGGAGCAUCUACAACGAGGCGAACUGCCGCCACCCGAUUACGGUUACAAAAUGAUUAGGGAUAGGCAACCUCCGUCCACAUCCGGUAGAGCACGCACACCACGCAUGAAUCGCCGCACGAUUAUCGAGCUACAUCUAGAAGUGCUCAACGAAUGUGAAGCGACCGAGUGGGAAAACGUCAAAGACGACUAUUGGAAGAUUGUAGUGGAGCAGUUUGCACAUGACUUGGAGCAGGACCCGAUUAUGUGCAGCAGCAUCUUGGAUGUUCCGACCUCCCACGCCGCUUUAGCAACCCAUGAUUCCACAACCCGGGACUCAUGUCCACCUAACAAAGAGGACCGAUGGAAUUGUAUGGAAACUAUACCGUUAGCAACGGACCGUUCUCCACCUCACGAACAUGACCGAUGGAGUUGUAUGGAAACUAUACAAUUACAACCGGACCCUUAUCCACCUAAUGACCCCGAUCCAUGGCGUUGUAUGGAAACCAUACAGUUACCAACGCACCCUUGUCCACCACAUGACCCCGAUCCAUGGAGUUGUAUGAAAAACAUACAGUUAGCAACGGACCCUUCUGCUUCUAACGAAGAUGACCCCGAUCCAUGGAGUUGUAUGGACACCAUACAGUUAGAUGCCGAACAGAGUCGUGCUCAUUCCAACCACAGGCCGGCGCCCUCGGCCCACGACUUGCACACAACGUGGAUCCCUUGGAUUGACCGCAAUAAGCAUAUGGUGCGGGCGUGCACGGGGCAAAAAUGGUUUCUGCAAUUAACAGCGGCUUGGAAACAAUACCUGCGUGAGCACAUGGCGGCAACCGCAGCAUCCGGUGAGCACAGGAAAGCCGCAACCAUGGAACGCACGAAAUUGGAUGCAUGGAAAGAAUGGGUCGCGCAGCAACAUCAGCAAAUGAGUACAUACACGGAAGAGCAGUGGUUUCCACAUUUGUUGAAUAGUGCAGAGGAGGAGACAGUGCCGGAAAAAGGCGAAGUACCUGGAGUAGAAAAACACUUAGAAGUGGAAAAAGUAAAGGGAACAGAACAUAUACUGACAGUGAGAGAUGUACCACGGUCGCAACCACUGCAUCCGCAACCUUACAUGAAAAAACGGUUCACCGCUAAAACAUGGAUACUGAUCCUGGCAUUCGUCAUAGAAGAGAGUGAAAUGGAGCAGAAUAUGCACGAAAAGGAGUUAUAUGUGGAUGCUCUAUUGGAGCAACUGUGA